AUGAACGUCAAAAUUCCCCCCCUCGUCAUCCUCCUCGUCGCCCUCCUCUGCCUCGUCGACCACGCCAACGCCAACGCCAAGUACUGGGAGCUCAUGCGCCGCAAGUGCUGCCGGAAUCCCGCGCUCGUCAUGUGCAAGACGGCCCUCGAGCACUGGAGGUUCUGCGAAGAGGCGCGCAGGAAGGGCGGCAUCCCGCCUGGACAGUGCAUCCCGACUAGGCACUGGCACGACAUGAGCAGGGUGGCGUGCCGCCCUGGCAUCGAACGCCCCGACGACUGGAAGGACCCCGACAAGCCCCAUCGUCCUCAAUCCAAGUAA